AUGAAUGCCCCUCCAGCGCUCGGGUACCCGCCCGGUGUGUCGCUGGCGCCACGAGACCAGGUGUCACCGACGGCAGCCAACUUUGGCUCCAACAACCCCUUUCGCAACCGUGCCUUGUCUCCCUCGGCCGGCUCAACCACCUCCAACACUCGCCCUGAACGCCCACGCUCGACAAAUCCCUUCUUAGACGACACGGAAGCGCUGUCACCCCAGUCUGCUCCUGGCAUGUCCACGAGCGUCUCCAUGUUUUCUCCGAUCGAGAAAAAAGAUAUGACCGGCAACACUCGAGAUCUUUUUGAGAAUCUCUCAAUCAAACCCACACCCGCAGCCCCUUCCUCUCAAUCCAACGGCGCCCGUCCAGCCCCUGACGGUACUCCCCGCGGACCCUCCAGCCGCCCCCGACCGCCGAGAGAGCGCCCCGACCGACGGCCCGCAGAAGCUAAAUCAAAGGACCCCUUUGACAUCUUCGCCGAUCCCCCAGGCCUCACCAAAGUCUCGACAUCGGGUUCUCGCGAGCCUACAUCCUCCUCACGCCGGCCGCGCCGCAACUCUGAGUCUUCGGUGAUGGACCGAGCUUCCAAACUAUUCGACGACGAUGACGAGAAACGCCGACGCGAACGGCGCCAUCGCGAACGAGAAGCUCGUCACCGGGAUGGCAAAUCCCGCUCUUCUCGCAAGGACCGCCGAUUGGAUAUUAUUGACAAGUUGGAUGUGACGAGCAUCUACGGAACCGGGAUGUUCCACCAUGAUGGUCCAUUCGACGCUUGCAAUCCUCACCGCAACCGAAAAGGCGCACGCACAGCGCCCAUGCAAGCUUUCCCCAAGGGCUCCAGCAACAUGGCUUUGGGCGGCGCAGGCCCCAAUAACUCGAACAUUGACCUCAACCUGUUCCAUGGCCGAAUGGAAGAAGCCCACAAUGAUUUCUCACACGCAUCGAUCCAGCGCAGCGGUACGGAAACUAUGGCCUUCGACCCAACCUCCCGCAUCGACCCCGUUCACGGUGCAGAGAGUAUGGGACUUGGAACGAGCACCUUCUUAGAUGGCGCACCCGCCAGUCGCUCCGCCAUUGCCGCCAUUGCACGUCGCCAGAGCGAGAACGAUGAGGGAUCCGGGGGCCUGCAGCGCAAGAAGAGUCUUGCACAGCGAUUGCGCGGGAAGAGCGGCACCGGCCGUCCCAUGCUGUCCUCUCCUACUCAACAUAACUUCCCAUCUCCCAACCAGGCCCCCGUGGGCUCUAGCCACUCGGCCUCUUCACGGAAUGGAGAAAGGAAUCCCUUCUUCCAGGAUUAUGAUGAGGAGUACGACAAGAAGGCCGCGCGGAUCCAGGAGUCGCGAUUGGAGGGUGGAGCUGGUCGCACACGAUCGUCCAGUAGCCCCAAGCAGUCAACAAACCUGGAGCGCAAGUCGACCAAUGAUCGUGGGUACGAUGAGACGAAGUUGGGUGCAGGUGGUGGUGGAUUUUUGAACCGAAUGAAGAGCUUGCGCAAGCCGCGGCCCGAGCGUCGGACCAGCGACUAA